GAUCAGAACUUCAUCGCCUGAAUGCUUUAGAAGUUGGACACCCGCUUUCAGGCAUUUUAUAGGAUCAGAACUGUGAAUACUUCGUUUGCAAACAUGGCAAACACGGGUCUUACAAUUCCCGAUGAAGGUUACGACUUAUCGCAGAAGAAAUUGAGUGUCAACCUUAGCAAUGUAUCUCUGGCCGGUAUUCAAAAUCCCAGUGCUGACAAGAAACAAUCGGCCCUGGUUUCCUUCAAAAUGGGCAUUUGCAACAUCUCACCUUAUUCUCGAACAGGGAAACACCUCCAGAUCCUGAAGAUGGUCCUGUUUCCACUUCUACCCGCUGCGGCCUUGCUGAUAUUCGUCAGUAUCGAACUGGACAGUACCUUGCGUGAACGGCAGAAACUGGAUGCGUCCAGGACAGAAAUAGCCCUCACAAAAAGCGUUGGGGAAUUGAUCCACAGCUUACAAGUUGAACGCUCGCAAACCACUCUGUUCAUGGUACAAUCCCACAACCUGACGCCAACUGAAUCCGUAGCUUGGGAAGAACGUCUGGAGGAGUGUUUUAACAAAACAGAUGAAGCACUAACAAACCUGCCAGAAUGGCCUCUAAGCAACACUGUAAGUUCUGAUUCUGCUCUCUACGACUCAAAGGGGACGUUCCAGUCGCAUUUGAACGAAGAGCGAGUCAUCCUCGGUACCGUUGACGUGGCAGAAGAGAUACUCUUCUACUCCAAAAUCAAUGAGAUUUUGAUUGAUUGGUUCAUAUAUGCCAUCCGAACGAAUGUCCACGAAGGUCUAUGGAAUGAGAUCGUGUCCUAUCAGUUCUUGGUCCAAGCGAAAGAGAACGUGGGACUCCUUAUGGCCUACGGCGAAGAGGCCUUUUUAAAUCGCACUCUCCGAACUGAGGACUUUCUCGCCUUCAUGCGAAACGACGUCCUCCUAGUGUACAACCUCGCAUCAUCUUUUAAAUUUUCCGGCGACUACGCCAAAGAUGUGUACGACAGCCUGAUCACGAGUUCUGGCAUUGCAACCACUGUACAAAGCAUGCGGGAUGAAAUCGUACAUACUCUCAGUGUAAACUCGUCAGGUAUAAUCACCUUAUCAUCAGCGCACUGGUUCGGGAACCUCAGCGGAUACCUCGAUGGCCUCAAGAAGGUUGAGGACGUCGUCAUUAACCACAUCGAUGAUAUCAUCGAUAAGAGCAUCAGCGCUAAUGUCGACGAGGUCGUCAUUGACGGUAUCCUCUUCGGGAUCAUCGCUCUCGUGGCACCCAUCAUUAUUUUCUUUGCCAUCAGGACGACGUCGAAGAUCCAGGCGUAUGCCUUCGGACUGACCGUCAAGACCGAGCAGCUGGCCAGUGAAAAGAAGAGAAGUGAUUCUCUGCUUUACAGGAUGCUGCCUAGAACUGUGGCCCAACAGCUCAAACUCAACCUGACGGUCCCUGCCGAGAAUUACGACAGCGUCACGGUGUACUUCAGCGACAUCGUGGGUUUCACCAAGCUGUCAGCCAUCAGUAGCCCAAUGCAGGUCGUGGGAUUUCUCAAUCUUCUCUACCAGUUCUUCGACUCCUGCAUUGAAAAAUACGACGUCUACAAAGUCGAGACCAUCGGCGACGCUUACAUGGUCGUCAGCGGUGUUCCCAUACGAAACGGUGAUCGACAUGCUUUCGAGAUCGCCUCGCUGGCUCUCGACAUGAUCGAAGGGGUACAGACCUUCAGAUUACCGCAUCUCAAAUCUGAGAGAGUACUGAUGAGGAUCGGUGCUCACACAGGUCCGUGUGCUGCCGGUGUUGUGGGAUCAAAGAUGCCUAGAUAUUGCCUGUUUGGAGAUACGGUCAACACAGCCUCCAGGAUGGAGUCUAAUAGUUAUCGUGAGUAA